AUGUUGUUUCUACGACCUCUUGUUAAACGCGGCUGUCGCGGUCUGCGCAUCCGUCAGAUACGAGGACUGGCCACAGCGGCCGAUCCCACUGUCAAUCAAUCGCGCGAACACACACAUCAUACCACCGGCGACCACGUCAAGAUUGUCGAGGUCGGGCCUCGAGAUGGAUUGCAGAAUGAGAAGAAGACGAUCCCUUUGGCGACGAAGAUAGACUUGAUUGAGCGGCUCGCAAAGACUGGGUUGACAGACAUCGAAGCUGGCUCCUUCGUUGCUCCCAAAUGGGUCCCUCAGAUGGCAGACUCGGAUGGGAUCCUCGAGCAUAUUCUCAAGCUUCCAUCGGAAAGUCAGAAACCAAUAGCCUAUUCAUUUCUCGCUCCCAAUGCCCGGGGGCUUGAGAACGCAAUGUCAAUCCUACGAAAGUACCCCACGGCUUUCAAUACCUUCGAAUCGCAGCCCCAAUCACCACUCGGAUCUACUCAAUCACCUACGCCAGGUGAAACUGCGAAAAGUCCGGCACAAAAUAAGCCUUACAUUGAAAUGUCCGUUUUUGCCGCCGCCACAGAAAGCUUUACGCAAAAGAAUUUGAACUGCGAUAUUGAGACUUCAUUAUUGCGAUUUAAAGAUGUGAUCCUAGGCGCCAAGGCGGCUGGCCUGCGAGUACGGGCAUACAUUUCCGUAGCGUUAGGGUGUCCUUUUGAAGGCCGAGACGUCGACCCUCGGCGUGUAGCUGAGAUAGCUACUGAUCUCCUUGAGAUGGGAGCGGACGAAAUUGAUAUUGGAGACACAACAGGAAUGGGAACAGCACCCAGCACCAGAAAUUUAUUGAAGGCGAUGCAGGCAGCAGGCAUACGAAAUGAGGAUAUAGCUAUGCAUUUCCAUGACACAUAUGGCCAGGCGCUCGUCAAUACAAUUGUGAGUUUGGAACAUGGGAUCCGGACGUUUGAUUCUAGUGUUGGGGGUCUUGGUGGCUGCCCGUAUAGUCCCGGAGCAACAGGAAAUGUGGCAACGGAGGACGUGCUAUAUUUCCUAGACAGUCUAGGGAUGAAAACAGGUGUGGAUUUGGAUGCGAUGGCUGAGAUUGGGGAGUGGAUUACUGGAGAGAUUGGGAAGCCCAAUGCCAGUAGUGCUGGGAAGGCAAUCAUGGGAAGGAGGAGACGAAGUCUAUGA